CCGGGAAGUGUGGUCCGCGCCGGAACGAAGAGGAAGAGCGGCCUUCCGGCGCGGUGACGUCACCGGCAGCGCCGCGCAGUGGGCGGGGCCGAGGGCGGCGGCGAAGAUGGCGGACCUGCUGGGCUCGAUCCUGAGCUCCAUGGAGCCGCCGCCCGGGCUGGACGACCGCGAGGCCCGGCGCGCCAGAGAGCAGAGCGCGCGGCUGCGGACGCUGCAGGAGCAGGAGAAGCGCCAGAAGGCCGCCUUCCGCAAGAGGAUGGAGCGGGAGGUGUCGGCCUUCCUGCAGGAGAGCGCCGAGCCCCGCCGCCGCUUCCGCCCCAUGAGCAAGAUCGAGCGCAGCAUCCUGCACGACGUGGCGGAGGUGGCCGGGCUGGCGUCCUUCUCCUUCGGCGACGACGAGGACUCGCGCUACGUGAUGCUCUUCAAGAAGGAGUUCGCGCCCUGCGAUGAGGAGCUGGAGGCCUACCGCCGCGGGGAGGACUGGGACCCCCGGCAGGCCGAGGAGCGGCGCCGGGCCAAGGAAGCGGCGGCGCGGCGGGCGGCGGAAGAGGCGCUGCGCGGGCCGGCCGAGGUGACCCCCCCGAGCGACUACAAGGACAAGUACAGCCACCUGAUCGGCCGGGUGGCCGCCAAGGACGCGGCCCAGGCCAUGGAGGCCAACAAGGCCUACGGCUGUGUGCCGGUGGCCAACAAGCGGGACACGCGCUCCAUCGAGGAGGCCAUGAACGAGAUCCGGGCCAAGAAGCGGCUGCGCCAGAGCGAGGAGGAGGCCAAGAGCUCCUAGGGGGGGCCCUGCCGCCCCCUCCGGCCCGGCUUGUGGGCCGCCCCAAGGCUGCUCCUGUCGUGGGGGGGGGAUCCGGUGGGGACUGGCGGACUCUUCCUCCCUCUCCCUCCCCCCCUCGAGUAUCGAAGUUUUACUUAGAAC